CUGUUGGUGUGCCUUGAGGACCGUGGUUGGGAAUGCCUGUUCUACAGUAUCGAGACAGAGAGCUAUUUGUACAUAGAAUACAUACAUACAGACUGCACUUGGUGCACUUUAUAACGCUUCUAACGUAGAAGGAAACUUGCUGACACCUAUGGUGCAUUAGCACCCCGCCUCAGCCAUUACACCACACGCACCUGCAUCUCACUACUUCUUGUGUUCCCGAUAUUAAACUAAAAAGAAAAAAAAAAGGUAACCAAAAAAGUUUUUGAACACUUUAUCAGCGAGUCGCUCCAAUCGCAUUGCCGUCUGCAUCCACCUCAGCCCCGGCAUGUAUCAUUGGGACCGUGUGAUUGGCUGCUGCGAACAGGAGCAGAACACCCUGCCCGGAUAUGUCCCUAGACCCCCACUGUUGGGCGCUGCUGCUUGUGUGGCAGCAGCAGCAGCUCCUGACUCUCCUGCAUCCACACUGGCUGAGAUGGUGCGCACUCCCUCCGGUGGAGUUGGGUUACCGAGAAUCCCUAAGCUGUACAAGUCUGGAUGUUUACACAAGCUUUCAACAAUGCCACUACUGUAAUAUGGAUCUGUAUAUUGUGUUUGAAGACUUUGAAUGAAACUUACUUCAGGUUUUCAGUUUGUCUACAUUUUAUGAGCUGCUCUUAAAAUGAGCAUUUAUUCUGGAGGUAAGACAGACUUGCAGAGAAGAACUAGAUGAACUGAUCAGACGCAAUCUGCAAGAUUCCCAAUUUCCCAGAAUGUAUAUUAGUAGUCGGAGACUAAGAAGAUGCAAGCUUUUACAAAUUGCAGCCACUUGUUUUGCGGUGUCACUAAUGCUUAUGUGGGUUCAGGAAGACAAUGAUAUUGUCAAUCACAUAAAGUCUUACUCUUACAGAUAUCUUAUAAACCGCUAUGAUUUUGUGAAUGACAGCUUGACUGUUGAUCGGGAAAAAUCCUUUGAUGCAAGAAACUACAAGUACUUGAUCAGCAAUAAAGAUAAAUGUGGUAAGGAUGAUGUGCUUCUCCUUCUCUUUGUAAAGACGUCGCCUGAGAACCGAAGGCGUCGUGAUGCGAUUAGAAAUACCUGGGGUAAUGAGAAUUACAUUCAUUACCAUUACUCUGCCAAAAUGAAAGUAAUGUUUGCCCUCGGGGUUGAUAAAGAUCCUGCGACGCGUCACAUGUUCCAGGAGCAGCUCGAAAUAGAAAACAAAGUGUAUAAAGACUUGGUACAGCAAGAGUUCCUGGACACAUUUCAUAACUUAACACUUAAGUUACUUUUGCAGUUUGGAUGGGUGAAUGCAUAUUGCCCCAAUGCCAAAUUUAUUAUGACUGCAGAUGAUGAUAUUUUUGUCCAUACGCCUAAUCUGGUUUCAUACUUAAAAGGUUUAGAUCACAUAGGUGUCCAAGACUUCUGGAUUGGAAGAGUCCAUCGUGGGUCACCUCCCAUAAGAAAUAAAAAUAGCAAGUAUUAUGUAUCACAUGAAAUGUAUCAAUGGUCGUCCUAUCCGGAUUACACCGCAGGGGCUGCCUAUGUUAUUUCUCGGGAUGUGGCUGCCAAAGUGUAUGAAGCAUCACAAACCUUAAAUACAAGUCUCUACAUCGAUGAUGUUUUUAUGGGAAUCUGUGCCAAUAAAAUGGGAGUUGUGCCUCAGAGUCAUGUGUUCUUUUCGGGGGAAGGAAAGGCCCCUUACCACCAAUGCAUCUUUAACAGAAUGAUGACAUCUCAUGGCCAUUUAGAGGAUCUGCAUUAUCUAUGGAAACAAAUUACAGACCCUAAAGUGAAAGCGAUAACAUCUGGCUUUUGGGGCAGCACAUACUGUAAACUGGUCAAUAUGAUGCUUCUAUGCAGGAUUAAAUAUCUUGAUACGUACCCAUGUUCUGCAGCAUGGUCCUAGUAUUUGAACUUGUCUAAACAAUUGGACUAAUAUGCCUAUUUAAAGUGGCCAAUCUUUGUCUUGGAGUUGGGGCAGUGGGUUACAGCAAAAAUAAGUUCAAUCUGUUAAACAAAUGGUAUUUUUCUUGUACCCCUCCUGUGUUAAAGUCCAUUUUAUUGCUGUGCUAUUUCACUGAGCAGAUUCACUCAAGAAGGAGGAAAUAAAAUGUAUAUUUAUGCAUUCAUUAGAACUGCUGGAAAUUGUAAUUUUACAUAGCAAGGCAUGACCAAGCCCUCUGGCAGGAUGCACAUUGCUGCUCUGGAAUCUGUGCCCUUGGCAUGGCCUUGCCCUCUUUUCUCUUAGUCCUAAAAAGUAACCUUAUUUUGGACAAGCUAACUUUUAUAAGAAGACAUCAUCUGCUGUCGGAUCCUGUAUUUCAGUUUACUUGCUGAUUAUUUAUAUAUAGUUUUUUAUGUUUUAGUUUGAGUCCUUUACAGCUAGAUUAAAUGAAAUAAAAUAUAUCAACUAGAA